UAAUGUCUACCUUAGAAGGGGAGAUUCAUCUGCAAAAUCUUAAGGCAUGUGCUUUGUUUAUACUUGAAUUUUUCUAUUACUCAUUUCUUUCUUUUAGCGUCUGUAUUGUGAUAUCGAGAAACUUCGAACCGCAGAUGCACGACUGAAUGAAUUUGUGGUUAUUUUACGUCCUCUUCUUCAUGUGCCCCAGGAAAUUCGUUUCUUUUCCGUUGACCAGGAAACAACUGAGAAGCGUUAUGAGGAAAUCGCUGAGAAAUUGGCUGAUGAGCUAACUGCUGAGGCACAACUGAAACGGACCUUAGAAAUUCUCGCAACAGAACUUAAUCAAUGUGAUGAAGAGCUUAAAUCGGACGAUGGACAAAAAGAUAGAUUGAGCCACGAAUCGCUUCUCCAAGAUAUAAUUGCACAUUUGGAGAACCAGAAAGUGAUUGUUGACCGCAGUGCACAAGGUCGUCAGUACAUAGAAAGUAGUACUUCUAGAAGUUUGGAUCUACUAACGCAGCGUGCGCAAGAUCUUCUUGAAGCUUUGCGCAACGCUCCAGAGUCCAGCCAUAUGGCAGCAGUUCAUGGCGAAUACGACAUUGAUGCAGCUGCUGACGUGCUUGUAGCUCUGUAUCCAGGUGAACACAUACGGAAUGUACUUGCGGAACAUGGAUUUGAAGGCAUGGCAUCAGAUACGGAUUCGAAGAGCGAUUUCGAAUCAAUAGAUGGCUCGUCGUCUGUUUUGCUAUCUCCGGUUCCAGAAACCGUUUCUGGCAUACUGACAGCUUCACAAUACCGUCGCCAGAGGUCGCGGUGGAAACGGGUUCUACGAACAGCACUUCCUCUUCAGGUGAAUAUUUUACAAAUCCAUUAUGGGACCAUUGCCGCAGUGUUUGUAUGGAGGAACGCUUCCAUAAUAACAGUAACGAAUUGCAUUAAAUUUCAGGCAAUGCUUGUUUUGCUGCUUGGAGCAGCAUGUCUUGUCCCACACUGUGACGACGAAUAUUGUUGCCAGCUAUUGAAUAAUUUCGCAAGAAGCUUCGAUCCAUCUCUUGAGUUUGUAAACGGGCCUCCGCCAUUUUAA